AUGAAACCAGGAGGAGUUUGGUUGCAUCUCACACUGCUUGGGGCCUCCCUGCCAGCUGUGCUGGGGUGGACAGAUCCAGGGAUCAGCAGAGACCUGAACAUGGGUGUGGAGAAGUCACAGGCAGAGGAGUCCAGAAGCUUUGAAGUCACAAGAAGAGAAGGUAAGAGCAAUCAGAAUGAGCUGCCAACCUCGUGUGGGAAGAAGCUCUGCAGCCGCGGGAGUCGGUGUGUGCUCAACAGAGAGACUGGGGAGCCAGAAUGUCAGUGUCUGGAUGGGUGCAGGCCCAGCUACAUGCCCGUGUGUGGCUCUAAUGGGCAGUUUUAUGAGAACCACUGUGAGCUCCACCGGGCCGCAUGUCUGUUGAAGAAGAAAAUUGUCAUUGUCCACAGCAAGGAUUGCUUCCUUAAAGGUGAUACGUGCACCAUGGCUGAGUACACCCGCCUAAAGAAUGUCCUUCUGGCGCUCCAGACCCAACUGCAGCCACUCCAAGAAGGGGACAGCAGCCAAGACCCAGCCUCCCAGAAGCGCCUUCUGGUGGAGUCUCUGUUUAAGGACUUGGAUGCAGAUGACAGCAGCCACCUCAGCAGCUCUGAGCUGGCUCAGCACGUGAUGAAGGAGCAGGACCUGGAUAAUGAGGAAUUCAUGGGAUGCUCGCUGGUCGACCUCCUCCACUUUGAUGACUACAACAACGAUGGUUCCCUGACCCUCCACGAGUUCUACACGGCCUUCCAGGUAGUUCAGCUCAGCCUCGCCCCUGAGGAGAGGGUCAGCAUAACCACGGUGACCGUGGGACUGAGCACAGUGCUGACGUGUGCUGUCCAUGGAGACCUGCGGCCACCAAUUGUCUGGAAGCGCAACGGGCUUACCUUGAACUUCCUGGACUUAGAAGACAUCAAUGACUUCGGAGAGGAUGACUCCCUGUACAUCACCAAGGUGACCACCAUCCACAUGGGCAAUUACACAUGCCAUGCCUCUGGCCACGAGGAACUUUUCCAGACCCACGUCCUGCAGGUGAAUGUGCCACCUGUUAUCCGUGUCUAUCCGGAGACCCAAGCACAGGAGCCCGGGGUGGCGGCCAGCCUGAGAUGCCACGCUGAGGGUAUUCCCAUGCCCAGAAUCACUUGGCUGAAAAAUGGCAUGAAUGUCUCAACCCAGAUGUCUAAACAGCUAUCUCUUUUAGCCAACGGGAGUGAGCUCCACAUCGCCAGUGUUCGGUAUGAAGACACUGGGGCGUACACGUGCAUUGCCAAAAAUGAAGUGGGUGUGGAUGAAGAUAUCUCCUCACUCUUCAUUGAAGACUCUGCCCGAAAGACCCUCGCAAACAUUCUGUGGCGAGAGGAAGGCCUCAGUGUGGGAAACAUGUUCUAUGUCUUCUCUGAUGACGGCAUUACCGUCAUCCAUCCCGUGGACUGUGAAAUCCAGAGGCACCUCAAGCCUAAUGAGAGGAUCUUCAUGAGCUACGAAGAAAUAUGUCCUCAAGCAGAAGGUGCCACCCCGCCAUGCCAGUGGGCAUCUGCAGUCAACGUCAGGAACCGAUACAUCUAUGUGGCCCAGCCAGCCUUGAGCAGAGUCCUUGUGAUUGAUGUUCAAGCACAGAAAGUCCUACAGUCCAUAGGUGUGGACCCUCUGCCGGCCAAGCUGUCCUAUGACAAGUCACAUGAUCAAGUGUGGGUCCUGAGCUGGGGAGACAUGCACAAAUUUCAAGCAAGCCUCCAGGUGAUCACAGAAGCCAGCGCUGGCCAGGGCCAACACCUCAUCCGCACACCCUUCGCCGGAGUGGACGACUUCUUCAUCCCCCCAACAAACCUCAUCAUCAACCACAUCAGGUUCGGCUUUAUCUUCAACAAGUCUGUCCCUGCGGUUCACAAAGUAGAUCUGGAAACGUUGAUGCUCCUCAAGACCAUCAGCCUGCAGAGCCACGGCUGCGUGCCACAGGCCAUGGCCCACACACACCUGGGAGGCUACUAUUUCAUCCAGUGCCGACAGAACAGGGCCUCCCCAGCUACCCCCCAGCUGUUGGUGGACAGUGUCACAGACUCCGUAAUUGGCCCCAACUGUGACGUUACAGGCACCCCGCACACAUCCCCCGAUGGGCGCUUCAUCGUCAGUGCCGCAGCAAAUAGUCCCCAGCUGCACGUGCAGGAGAUCACGAGGUGGGGGGAGAUCCAGACCCUCUAUGACCUAAGGGUCCCCCAGGGCAUCUCGGCCUUGGCCUUCCAGCGCUCCUUCACUGAGAGCAAUCAGUACUUCAUCUACGCGGCCCUGGAGACAGAGCCAGACCUGCUGUUCCUGGAGCUGUCCACCGGGAAGACAGGCGUGCUGAAGAACUUAAAGGAGCCACCCACACAGCCGGCCUGGCCCUGGGGAGGGCCUCACAGGAUCCUGAGGGACAGCGGGCUCUUCGGACAGUACCUUCUAACAGCAGCCCAGGAGUCGCUGUUUCUCAUCAAUGGGCGGCAAAAUGCACUGCGAUGUGAGGUGUCAGGCAUAAAGAGGGGGACUACAGUGGUGUGGGUGGGCGAGGUAUGA